GUGCUUCCUGCCUUGCUGAGGGAGGGGACGGUGCUGACGGCUGGGAGGACGAAAGGAGAGAAAAGAAAGCCUUUGGGAAGAUACGAAAAAGUGGGGAACGGCCCGGGUUUCCACCGUCCGUCGGGAAAUUAACACCCCAGUGUUCUUUAGCUGCUGUGUUUGUCACCAAAUCGGCGCUGAAAAUGUCGACCAGUCGUCAGCUUAGUGAGAGCAGGGCCAUCCCGACCAGGACGGUGUUGAUCAACGACACAACGCAGCUACCUCUUGAUUUUAGUACCACCCCCGGAGGCACUUUAUUCUCUACCACUCCUGGAGGAACCCGGAUCAUCUAUGACCGCAAGUUCCUAUUGGACCGACGUAAUUCUCCCAUCGCCCAGACUCCCCCAGCGCACCUUCCUGUUAUCCCUGGAGUCACCAGCCAAAAUAUUCUGAAUGAGAAUCGGAAGAAUGAGGCCAACAACCACAUCAACAACCAUGAUGGAAAGCCCACAAAUGGUGAUGACGCCCAGUUUGAAAUGGACAUCUAACAGACUGGAACCACACCAGCAAAAGCAAAUGACCUGGCAUUACCAGUGCCAGUGGCUUGGCUUGUAGAAACCAAUGUUGUGAGCCCUCAUGGCAGCCAUCUUCAUUAGCUCUGUCUUGCUGCUGGAUGUAAUGUGUGUAAAUCAGGGGGAUUCAGUAUAUCAUGCACAGAUACAGUGUGGUCAACUCUGGAAAGUAGGUCUAUUUGAAUACCUUCCAAUGGUUACAAGUCAUUGUACAGGUUAACUACUACACAACAAAGAAGCUGACCUAAAUAUUACGUUCCAAAAAAAAUGUACAAUUAGUAGACUGCAGUGCUCAUUUUUACAGCAGCCUGAGUCAGGAUGCUUAGAGCAUGCUGUAAAACUGUAAAUCAAGUAUUAAUUGGGUGAUAAUUUUUAGUACCGGCCUUAGAAUCAGUCAAAAGCUUUGAUAUUCAUCACUGUCUUUGGGUUUGAAAACUCAAAUGUGAGCAUGUUAUUUAAUAGUUAUUUUUUUUCUUUUGGAAUUUUGGAACUACUUGAAAGGCUCCACAAUCUAUUAUCGGUUGUUUGGUCUGUUUAGUUUUCCGUAGUGCUUCGUAAAAAGGGAUGCAGUGUUGUUUGCAUUUGACAGUUAGCUAAAGAGUUCAUGCCAUUCCACUAUUUUAGUUUCUUUUACCAAAACAUAAACCUGCGUGAGUUUGCAACUUUUAAGGGAGUCAUAUUUUAAAUGAGUUUUAGACCAAGACAUUCAUGUUUGGUUAUUAUCAAAUUUCAUGUCCUCUUUAAAUCCAGCCACAGAGAACUGAUUAGUAUCCAUAGUAAAUUCAUCAGUCGUGUUUUUUUUAAUGUCAAGGCAGUCCAGAUUCAAUUUGUUCAGUUGGCAGCAGCUUAAUGUUCGCAAUUUGAUCUUAAAACAAUCUCUGUUGGCGUUUUUAAAAUAUCCAGAUGAGUACCAUUUCAAAUAAUGUAAUAUCCCUGUGUUCCUUUUUGGGGUCACAUACAAGGCAAAUAUUGAAAACGUGUUAAAUCCAGAUGUUUUAUAUGCAUCUCAUUUUUAAUAUGGUUACUUAGUAUUGAGGGUCCUUGUUGAGGGCAUAAGCACCUUUGAACCUUUGGAUUUGUUUUAAUUUUCAGAGAACCAGAAACCUUCAGUAGUUUGCAGCAGGCUUGAUGGAUGCUGUUCUUUACAACUCUGUUCCCAGUGUCCUUAAUCUGUUUGACAUUACCUUGUUGUCUUGUCUCACAUUUGCCCAUGCCUUACUUUACAAGAAAUGCAGUAACUACAUUCAGAUUUGGUUCCUUGUUAUAAAUUUUUACUUUCAAACAGAUGUUUAUUUUUCUCACUGAAUGUUGAAACAGAUAACAUUGUACUUAGCAACUGAGCAAAACAAAUACCUUUUAGGUUCUAUUUUGUUUUGUUAGACACCAUUUCUUCCAUCAAUGCAGCUAUGAAGAGUGAAAGUGUACAUUUUGGGAUUCUGAUAUUCAGAUGGUGAAGUGUGUGCCACAUGCUCAUUUAGACCCAAUAUUUUAGUUAAUUUUUCUGCACCACAAUCAGCAUUAUCCUAUUUGCUUAUUGUACUCGAUCCAAGUAGGAGGUCUAAACCUGGCAAAUAAGUCAUCAUGAAGUUUUUCAUAUAAAAUACAUUAAUUUUAGUUUGUUUCUCUGUGUGAUUGGAACCACUGAAUGGCUGAAACAAUGUAUAUCAAAGUUUAUUUUUGGGCUU